UCUGAUUACUCCUGGUUGAAGUGAUACAACUUUGAAAUGACGACCUCAGUUCUCACCUCUCCUUCGAGCAAGUAAGUGUCGCGCUUGAUGAUUUUUUGACAUGGCCGCACUGUGGCCAACAGGGGCAUCUUUGCCUGCGGCUUGCAACGCUACGUUCUCCUGCAAUGUCUUCUCUGCGCACUUCGCCCUUUCAAUUUGUACUACGAGCGCAGGGAAUGCAGACAGAAAUCCCGUUUACCUACUUGAACUAACCGUUAUGUAUGCGCCUAGCGCUUCUUGUUCUCUAGUCUACCGUCCCCAGUUGACCCUUUCCAUCCAGGACAAACGAAUGUCUCGUACUCGUGAGAGCGCACUAGAGCUGCGAGUGGGCAAGAAGUUCCGCCUGGGUCGCAAGAUCGGCAGCGGCUCCUUCGGUGACUUCUAUAUGGGCACUAAUAUGACGUCGGGCGAGGAAGUUGGUAUCAAGCUCGAGCCCUCCAAGAGCAAACACCCGCAGCUACUCUACGAGUCUAAGAUCUACAAAAUCCUCAAUGGCGGACUGGGGGUUCCAAACUUGAAAUGGUUCGGUAUCGAGGGGGAGUACAACGUAAUGGUGAUCGAUCUAUUGGGACCUUCACUCGAAGACCUCUUCAACUACUGUGGUCGUCGCUUCCAGCUUAAGACAGUUUUGAUGAUCGCCGACCAGCUGCUAUGCCGUCUCGAGUACUGCCACUCGAAGAACUUUAUUCACCGUGACGUCAAGCCUGAUAACUUCUUGAUCGGCCUCGGUAAGAGAGCUCAGAUCGUUUACGUGAUCGAUUUUGGCCUGGCCAAGAAAUACCGCGACCCCAAGACACACCAACAUAUUCCCUACCGCGAGAACAAGAAUCUCACGGGUACAGCUCGUUACGCCUCCAUCAACACUCAUGUCGGCAUUGAGCAGAGCCGUCGAGACGACCUGGAGGCGCUCGGCUACGUGCUCAUGUACUUUAUACGCGGUAGUCUGCCAUGGCAAGGAAUUAAAGCUAACACCAAGAAGCAGAAGUACGAGAAAAUUAUGGAGAAGAAGAUGAACACUCCUAUUGAGGUACUCUGCAAAGGCUACCCGGCCGAGUUCCGUGCCUACUUCGAGUACUGCCGCGCUCUGCGCUUCGAUGACAAGCCCGACUAUGCCUACUUGAAGCGUCUAUUCAAGGAGCUCUUCUUCCGGAAGGGCUUCCAGUUUGACGCCAUGUUUGACUGGACGGUGCUCAAUCUGCGCAGUGGUCGUCGGGAGCGUGGCACUGGCGCUGAGGGCGAGCGCGGAACUCGUGCUAGUCCACACCAGGAGGGAGCACGUCGUGGUCGCGAGAUCGCAUCACAGGGUCGUGUGUAUGUUCGAGACGAGGCAAAGGAGGGUGAAACGCCACUGCACAACCAAAACUUGUAUCACGCAGCGACUGAGUCAACACGCAACCGUGAGCACCAAGAGAUGACGAUUGAUCAUGGGUAUUCAGCUCCUCGUGUGGCCCCAACCUCCAGUCGCAACGCUCUCGGUGAGCCUAAACCAAUGAGCCACCAACGCUACUAGGAUGACCGGCUUUCGGGGAGUAUGUCAUGCUGUCGCUGCAAGUUGUAUCGAUCAACCCUAUUGAAGGAUAAGCCGCUUUGGUACAAAGGCUCAAGCCCUAUUUUAGGGUGAUACGCACACAUCCAUGCUGUAUAAAUGUCCAAUCACAAGCUACUAUGGUUAGGUUGAUCUUGUGACAUUCACGUCUGGCAUACCUGUGACUCAUGACAUACAUGUAAUACACCACACUAGAGGCGAUACUUUGGCCUGGGAGGACAGCAACUUUUUCCAUUCAAAAUGUACGACAUUUUAGGAAUUUUAAACUUCCCUAUAGUAUCCUA